AUCAAGCUCUCGUUCGACUACAUCUACGAGAUCAAAGAUGAUGUCACCAACGAACCAAUUGCCCCUAUCUUCAACACGAUGCCUGACAAAAAGUUGUAUCCAGAUUAUUACGACAUCAUAACAACACCAACUUCAUUAAAUUCCAUCAAAAAAAGACUAAAUGCUUACACUACACCUAACGAGUUCAUCAAGGAUCUUGCACAAAUCGUUUGGAACGCGAAAACUUAUAAUGAACAAGGCUCUUUUGUUUACAGAUUUGCUGAAAAAUUGGAUAAUUUCAUCUUAUCCAAUGUUAUACCCAAAUUUAAGAAAUUGGGAUACGAUGUCGUUUACCCAAAUUUAGGACCAAAUGAUCCAACUGCUGCUAUUAGCACCACUGCAACUAGCGUUGCUACAACUCCACAACCAAGAAAUGAUCAACUUCAUCCUCACCAUGAAGAAGAAUACAAUAGUGAAGAGGAAUCUUCAAAACCGAAAAGACCAGUUCCAACUAGUGUCAACUCCACUAAAGAUCAAUCAUACAAAAGAGGUAGACCUCCAGUUAUUGAUAAACCAUUUGAACAACGUAUCAAAAACAUUUUGAGAUCCCUAAGACGUGAAAGGGAUGCUUCAGGUCAAUUAAUGUCUGCACCUUUUGAGAAAUUAUUAGAUAUAAGAGAAUAUCCAGAAUAUUUUAAUGAAAUUAGAAACCCAAUCUCCUUAGAUGAAAUCAAAAAGAAGAUCAAACAAAGAAAGUAUAAAGAUGUUGAUACAUUUGUUAAAGAUUGUAAAUUGAUGUUUGAUAAUUGUAAAGAAUAUUAUAAAGGAUUUAAGGAAGAAUAUGUUCAAAAUGCUAUAGCUUUAGAAAGUGCGUUCAAUAGAUUUGUGGAAAUUGAAAUUAAAAGACCAGAUGCUGAUUUCAUCACUGCUGAUUCUUUGAAAAUUCCUUUGGAUCAAUUAGAAUUACAUGGUUCAUUAUUCAAGAUUGGUGAUUGGAUCUUGAUAAACAAUCCAAAUGAUCCUUCGAAGCCUAUUGUUUCACAACUAUUUAGAAUAUGGCAAACACAAGAUGGUCAACGCUGGAUCAAUGUUUGUUGGUAUUUAAGACCAGAACAAACAGUUCAUAGAGUUGAUCGUUUAUUCUAUGAAAAUGAAGUUUUCAAAUCAGGUCAAUAUAGAGAUCAUUUAGCUGAUGAAAUCAUUGGGAAAUGUUAUGUUGCAUAUUUCACACGUUAUCAAAGAGGUGAUCCAGCAAUAAAUUUUGAAGGUCCAUUAUUUAUUUGUGAAUUUAGAUAUAAUGAUAAUGAUAAAAAUUUCAACAAGAUUAGAACUUGGAAAGCCUGUUUACCUGAUGAAGUUCGUGAUCAUGAAGAUCCAAUCACACCAUUACCAAACUUACGUCGUUUCAAAAAAUAUGAAUCCCCAUUAAAACAUUUAUUACCACCUAAUGCCACACCAAAUAUGCCAAUCCCAGAACCUACAAUCGGUGCAGCAAAUGCGCCACCAUUACAUGGUGCAGUUUACAUAAGGGAUAUUGAUGAAACUGAUGAUUUGGGUCAAUAUUCAACAAGUCGUAUUUGUCCAAAAUAUAUCAUUAGACCAAAUGAUCCA